GAAGAGAGUUGUCACUGGACUUAUUGUGAAAAGUGGAUGAAAAGUUGGUUAAAAGUUUGUGGUGAAGCAAAAAACAUGAUUUCAUUUUCGUUCAAAGUGCACUUGUGCCAAUACUUCGUUUCAAAAUGUGAGCAUGACCUGUAGAGAUGACAAAGUCUGAUCAAACUUGCCCGAUGUACACCUUAACCCUGCCAAAAUGACUCCCAAACGAAAGACAACCAGCUCGGAAUCUACUUCAAGCAGCAGCUCAGGCUCAUCGUCAAGUAGCUCGUCGAGUUCAGGAAGUGAGUCAAGUUCUUCCGAUUCUGAGAAUUCGAGUAGUUCCGCGAAUAGUCGGAAGGUUUCGGAUUCGGAAAAAGGAAAGAAGAAGGCACCAUUUGUAUCGGGACGCCAUGGAAAGCCUAAAAAUGAAACGGGUGGAGCACCAUCUGUGGAGACCAAAAGCAAGGAGAAAAUUCCUCCAAAAAUUAGACCCGUAGUCUAUUCAUCAGAGUCUGAAGAAUCUCCUAAUAAACUGAAAUCUACAAAAAGAAAACCACCUGCUAAACCGAAGGCUACCGCUACUGUAGCUCCUGUAGUUAAGGCUCAAAAGGUCGUCAAUAAAACUCCGCCAUCCACCAGUAAAACUGGAUCGAGUGUUAAAAUUUCGCCAAAUAAAUCUAGCAAACCAUCAGGUGCUGCAGCAAGUACUAAACCUACAGAGAAGAUCAGUAAAGUUGCAGCAGAGCCUGUGCAAAAAAAGUUGAAGAAAAAGAGCAUAUUCAGUCCUGAGAACAGCAGCGAAAGCGACACUCCGACUGUUGCUAAACCUGCUAUGAUGAAAGUAGCAGGGCCAUUGAUUAAGGCAGCUAAAUCACAGCAAUCAAAGGUAGUGAAGGGGGGUGAAGUGAAACCCAGAGGGAUUCUGCCAAGCAGAGCUGCACUGGUAAUCAAGCAACAGCAACAACAACAACAACAACAACAGCAGCAGCAACAUCAGCAUCAACAGGAACAGCAACAGCAUCGUCAGAAAUCAGAGAGCUCUGCAAGCUCUAAGAGCUGCUCCGGAGGAUCUGGGUCUUCUGGCUCAACUGAAAGCAGUUCAGAUUCCGAAUCGUCAGAUAGUCCUACAACCCCGCAGCCACAGCACAAAAAGAAAGAAACCGCUACUGUUGUCAAUGCUGUUUCUAGCGGACCUGCAAAGAGACCAACUGCAAACGUACUCGCGAUAUCAAGUAUUGGCAAGCAACAGAGAGGAUCAUCGAAACGCCAAGACCUGGUUAAAAGUGAGGAAGAAGGUGAGCUCUCAGACACAGACAAAGAGAUAGAAACCGAAGGUAAUGGUCCGACAAAAUCGACAACAAAAGGGAAAAGAAAACUGCAAACACGUAGAGGUAGCAAGCUUUUGCAGUUACAUACGAAACCAACGAGUGACACCGAAUCCGAUACAGAGAGCAAGAGGAGUACCAGCAAAUCACCGGUAAAACGUGCCGGACCAGGGACUGGCAGGCAUCAGUCACUUGUUGGACGAAGCGGUGACAGUGGAGGACGAGGGCAGGAUACAAGAGUACUAACACGUACACGCAUGAGUACAAAGGAACGCGAGUGUCCUUUGGCCUUAUCCUGUGACUCACGCGGCCACCUUUCAGGUCGGUUUGAAACACAUUUCACCCUCGAAGCGUGUCCCCUGUAUCACAAUACUACGCCGCAGGCAUGUGUAGAAUUUUACAAGGAGCGCAAAAAACAUGAAGAGGAGCGUAAGAAGGCCCUUUCGAAUUUGGCUAAAAAAUCACCCAAAGGCUUGCACCAGACUAAUGAGCAGCGGAACUAUCAGCUCAAAGUGAAAGAAAUGCGAACUAAGUUGAAGGGAGGUAGUGGCAGUGGUAAUGAAAGCACAAGCGGAGGAGAACACCAUGGGAUUGAAAAAGAUCGUCAACCCAAAGUGAACAAUCUCACCGCGGAUUAUGAUCUGAAAUUAUUUAUGGAGGCUCAAGCCAUCGCAAGCGAAAAAAUUGAGAGAGAAUUACGAGAAUUGGGAAGUGGCGAUGGGGGCGAGAGCAGCGGUCGCAGCUGCAGCGGAAAUGGCGUAGGAACCCGUUGCGUAGAAAUGGGACGUUGGGAGAUGGAAGUAUGGUACCAAAGUCCAUAUCCGGAGGAGUUUAGCAGAGCGCCAAAACUGUAUCUCUGUGAAUUUUGCCUCAGAUACGCGAAAAGCCGCCAGGUGCUACGUCGACACCGGGACAAAUGCCUGUGGAGACAUCCGCCAGGACACGAGGUAUACCGGAAGGACAAAAUCGGCGUCUGGGAAGUUGAUGGGAAACGGUAUAAACAGUACUGCCAAAACCUCUGCCUCCUCGCCAAGUUCUUUCUGGACCACAAAACCCUUUACUACGACGUCGAGCCGUUCCUAUUCUACGUCAUGACGAUAGGCGAUUCGGAAGGAUGUCACACUGUAGGUUACUUCAGCAAGGAGAAGAACUCGUUUUUGAAUUACAACGUGUCUUGCAUCCUGACUCUGCCUCCGUACCAACGCCAGGGAUACGGUCGGCUUCUCAUCGACUUUAGUUACCUGCUCACGAGGGUCGAGAAGAAGAUUGGUUCCCCCGAAAAACCUUUGUCCGAUCUCGGGCUGAUCUCCUAUCGCAGCUAUUGGAAGGACGUUCUUCUACAGUACCUGUGCAACUUCGGCGGGAAGGAACUCUCCGUAAAAGAUAUCAGCAAGGAGAUGGCGAUUGAUUCGUACGACAUCGUAAGCACGCUGCAGGCUCUCGGAAUGAUGAAAUAUUGGAAGGGAAAACACAUUAUAUUGAAAAAGCAGGACGUAAUCGACGACUACAAGGAACGGGUCAAACGCCGGGGCUCCGCCUACAAAGAAAUCGAUCCGGAGUGCCUCAAGUGGAAUCCCUUCCAGGCACCAAAGACACCUUCAGCCUCAAACUAGUCGCUCGCAGUUGACGUUGUCUCGUUCCCCGAUCUCCAGGUCGUUAUGCUCUAGAUUUUUCCUCUCGCACCUUGAUUCCCUGUCUUGAUUCCCUCGGUGCUGGCCUCACCAAUCCCGUCGAGUGAUUCAUCCUGCUGCAGAAUUCAAGAGCACGCGAUGGACGAGGAGCCUGAAGCGUUUAUGAAGCGGCGCGUUGAAGACCCGAUAAAUGCUCAAAAUAUCGAAAUUCCACGGACGGGAAUUUCACUAAAACUAUAUUUGUAUAAUAUCAAGUCUCGAACAAGUUCAAAAUUACCAUUAUAAGUAUAUCUUGCUUAAGAUGUUUUAUAUUUUAAUAAAAGACUCAUCAAAGGCAAAAAAAAGUAGAAAAAAAAAACAAAAAAACAAAAUCUCCAGUUAUCGUGUGAUUUCAUAAAAUUUAGCUUCCUAAA